UAUUCCGACGCUCGUUCCAUGUUCGUCAACCAAUUAACCGUCCAACAUAUGCACUCGGCAUACAAAUCAUGCAUAUGGGCCGCGUCAAUUCCGAAAUCGCAUUCGUUGGCCAUUGGCUUACUUCCUGUGAUCUUACAAGGCCAUGUUUGUACCUACGAUUGUGGUCCUUGGCGCGCUCGUCAAAAGCGCCUCAGCCGCUGUUGCCUCUACCUUCACAGCUCCUGCUGCUGCGCCCACCGACACCAGUCCAUUCUAUGUCGGUGCUUCCAAUUCUACCAUUACGAACACACCAUUAGUACCUGGCAAAGUCUUCGAUCGAUUCAUUCAAAUUUGGCUCGAGAACACAGACUUCGCCAGUGCCGCAUCGCAGCCUGUCUUUCAACAGCUCUCGGAACAAGGGAUCACUCUCACCAGCUACUAUGGUGUCACCCACACUUCCGAGCCCAACUACCUCGCCGCCGCAGGAGGUGACUUCUGGGGCUUAUAUGAUGAUAAUUUCGAAGCCGUUCCGACCAAUAUAUCCACUGUUGUCGACUUACUUGACCAAAAGGCGAUCAGUUGGUCUUCAUACCAGGAGAAUAUGCCAACUGAUGGAUAUGAAGGAUUCAACUACACGAACUCGGAUGGCUAUACGUACUAUGUUCGCAAACAUAAUCCGCUGGUGAUCUACGACACCGUCUCUGGCAAUGCAACACGUGCUGCACGCAUCCGCAACUUCAACGACUUUGCUGUUGACCUUGGUAACAACUCGAUAUCCCAAUGGACAUUCAUCACCCCCAACCUUCGAGAUGAUGGCCACGAUACUACUGUUGCAUAUGCUGCCAACUGGUUAAGCUACUGGCUCUUACCCUUGUUGAAUGACACCAACUUUAACACUGACCGCACCCUCAUCCUUCUUACUUUUGAUGAAAAUGAGACGUACACCAUCAAUAACCAGGUCUACACAGUCCUUCUAGGUGGUGUCAUUCCACAAUCCCUCCGAAACACGACCGAUUCUCAAUUUUACACCCACUACUCUACGUUAAGUACUGUUGAGAACAACUGGAGCCUUGGCAACCUUGGUCGCCAAGAUAUCAACAAGACUGUCUCGAACGUCUUCUCCUUCGUCGCUAAUGGCACUGGAUACCAGAACGAGAAUGUCACGACUUUGCCUCUACUCAAUCUUACUGGUACCAUUCCAGGACCUCUAAACCCUGAAUAUUAUGUUCCAUACCUUGCCCCCACAGAGGGUACUGGAGCGGGUGGUGGGCCCACCAUUAUUCCCAAUGGCACCAACACGUCGCUCACAACCGCCAACGCCCCCGCCCCCGUUAAUAUCAGUGCUGCUGGUGCCAAUGUAGAUGUGAAGAUGUUUUCUGUGGCUGUCGCGGUUGUGCUCGCUGCUUCCGCAUCUAUUUUAUUGGGAUGAACGUUCGAUUUGGCGCGUACACACAUCAUAGAUAGUGCCAUUUAUGAACUCUGUUAUUGCUAAAAGCCAGGCAGCCACACCCAAAGUCCUGGAUAUUAAAUUGAAGUUCUAUUGAUCCGAA